AUGAGAUUAAAAAAAUAUGAGAAUACUAUACAAUAUCUAAAUUUAGCACUUUCCACUUGUCCUAAGAAACCAUUUCUCUCAAGAAUAAAGGUAUUUAAUUAUUUGAUUGUAGAGUGCUGCUUAUAUUGAGGCAUUUAUCAUUUUCAUUGUAGAAUGUUAAGGAAAUAUUAAAAAGCUCUGA